CCCUGUUUUUGUUUUGUGUGCGACUACACGUAAGAAGGAAUGCGCGAAGUAAUAGUCAGAGAGAAAUUGUAGAAAAAUGGGAGGCGAGGAAAGAUUGGGUGUGACUACCGGCCAGCCAAAUCUUUACAAACAGGAUCUAUCGAAACUCGACGCCAGGAAAUUAACUACCUUGUCGCGUGAAGUGAUCAGUAGGCAAGCUACAAUCAAUAUUGGCACCAUCGAGCAUGUGGUACAUAGAAAAUCGACCGUAGUAAAAGCUAUUUCGAGAGUACAGCCAGUUCGUUUCAAGAAUGAAUUAGAAGAGAGCAUCACUAUCAAGCUUAAUGCAGCGGAUGGUUACAGUGGCGAAUUGGCAGAUAUAGCUGGUGACGUAGAUAGCAGAACGCCGAUCGUUUGCAAAAAACGACAUCUCUCCGCUGCUAGAGGUAUUGACAUAGCGUCAUGCGCCAUGCGGCCCAGACUCCUCAACACUGAGAACCACGACAACGAUAACAUGUCUCAACGACUGGACAUAAAGGCACUCUAUUUCUCGUCGUCAUCGUCAUCAUCGUUGUCCUCUUCCUCAACACGUUUGCGAGUACGGCGAAGAGUGAUCACGCAGCAAGCACUUGAGACGCUCGGCGGCGACAGCGGCUCUCGCAUGCGCAAGGAAAUCAACACGCGAGAUACGGGUAGCGAUGGCCGACAGUCGGACUAUGAAUCGUCGUCCGAUGGUAGAUUGUCCGUGCGAGAGUACGGCCUGACGAAGCCUGGAAAUGCAUUGGAGUUGAAAGAGGCGCGGGUGCUGUUACACGAUGUAAUGCGCAACGGCGAAUAUCGCAGAGAAACGGUAUCGACCGAUGAGCAGCACACGCGCAAACGAAUGAAGCUCUGGGAAGUGGAGAGAAUCAUACAGAAACACGUCCAGAACAACAAGCCGCUCUAUCUGAUCAAGUGGAAGAACUGGGACUCGAGGUACAACACGUGGGAGCCGCUGUGCAACCUCAUCAACUGCGAGGACAUGUUGCGGGAAUUCGAGGAGGAACGGCAGAAGCUGAUUGAUCUGUUCAAGGCAAAGACCAAUUUCUACCCGGAAAUAUGCGACGUCGAGCGUUUCUUAGCUGAGUUACGGUACAAGGGCAUGUCUAUCGACGACGCAUCCGUCAUCGUCGGCACCAAAGUGGACAAUAUUUAUAGCGAGAUCCGGCAUUAUCUCAAGAGCUCGCAUAAAACGCGGGAGGUGAAAAUCAAGCGUCAAAUCGUGUGUAUGUUGCUGGCGAAACUGCGAUGCGACCAGCUCGAGUCGCUGCAGGAGUGGGAGAACGAGAUGAACAGUAUCACGAAAGGCCGGCCGACAAUACGAGUGGAGAACCUAAUGGAUUUGGAGGGGGCGCCGCAGGACUUUUACUAUAUCGACAACUAUCUGCCGGGUACGGGUGUCACAAUACCGGACGAUCCACCAAUUGGCUGCGAAUGCGUAAACGUUUGUGAGACUGGUAAGUCCGGUUGCUGUUACGCGCAGAACGGCGCGACAUUGUUGCCGUACACGUCAACCUACCGGAUGCGCGUACCACCCGGUGUGCCUAUCUACGAAUGUAACAAGCGCUGCAUCUGCGAUAUAUUAACGUGCCCAAAUCGCGUGGUGCAGCGCGGUUCUGAUAUGCAGUUGUGUAUCUUCCGCACGGAUAACGGUCGCGGUUGGGGCGUGCGUACCUUGCGUGCCAUCAAGAAAGGCACCUUUGUCGCCCAAUAUGUGGGCGAGAUUAUCAGCAGCGAGGAAGCAGAGAGACGCGAUAGACAAUACGAUAUGACCGGUCGUACGUAUCUUUUUGAUCUCGAUUACAACGAGACUGAUGGUCAGUGUCCGUACACCGUGGACGCUGCUAUGUAUGGCAACGUGACGCACUUUAUCAAUCACUCGUGUGAUCCCAAUCUUGCGGUCUAUGCGGUUUGGAUCAAUUGUCUGGAUCCGAACUUGCCGAAUCUCGCGCUCUUUGCUAUCAAAGAUAUCAAGCAAAACGAAGAGCUCACUUUUGAUUAUACGUCCCAGAUGCAACGUGGCAAUGACAAGAUGCAGCAGCAGCCGUUCGACAAGAUAAAUGCUGAUGUCGAUGUAGAUGUCUCGAAAAACAAGACUCUGUGCAAGUGCGGUGCCGCGACUUGCCGGCGAUAUCUGUUUUAAACAAUGUUAAGCAUCUUACGCUGUAACACAUGUACACGCUUUACACUACUACCAUGAUGCAGGUAGACAUCUUGCGUAUAGUUUGUAUUUAUAAUUUAAUAAAAUUUAAUAAUUUAAUGAA